AUGAGGGUACUGGUUUUUGAUAAGCAUUUCUCCAGAAAAUUUGCAAUAAAUGGAGCUUUGGUUCGUAAUGGGUUUAUAAGGAUCAUCAACCAAGUCUUGUGCCUUCACAAGGGUCCUAUCUUGAAAUUUCAUCUCUAUAUACCAAACAUAUCUCUUGAUAUCUUCCAAGAAAUUGAUCAAUGGAUGCUUGUCCUAUCAAGAAACGGUGUCAAGGAACUCAUCCUUAAUAAUUUAAAUCGACGUUAUGAACUUCCUUCUCAUGUGUUUUCUUGUCAAGAGUUGACAAAUUUAGAACUGCAUAAAUGUUUCUUCAAGCCACCACUUGAGUUUGACGGAUUUCUGAAUCUUGAAGAUCUUUAUCUCGAGAAUGUUAAUUUUGGGGCUAAGUUGUGUGGAACUCAAAUCAGCUUACCACAGUUAAAGGCGUUGUCCAUACAAUCAUGCACAAAUGUAUACAAUUUCAACAUCAAGGCUACAAAACUACAGAGUUUGUUUGUCAUUGCUUGUCCGGAUGCCAUGUUGCUCUAA